AUGAGUAGCCUCGAAAAAUUAAUUAUUUGUGGGGUAAGGAGUUUUUCUCCAGAUCGUAGAGAAGGUAUUGCAUUUGAAAAGCCAAUUACAUUAAUUGUAGGCCAAAAUGGAUCAGGUAAAACUACUAUCAUAGAAUGCUUGAAAGCAUCUAUAUCCGGUGAACUUCCUCCUAACUCUAAGAGUGGGCAGUAUUUCAUUCACGACCCUAAAUUAAAUGGGUCAGCUGAGGUUAGAGCUCAAAUAAGAUUAAUCUUUAGAGAACAUCAAAACAGGAAAAAGAUUCAAGUAGUUAGGUCAUUUCAAUUAUCUCAUAUUAAGACUAGGAAAAUUGAUUCAAAAGUGUCUGGGGAUUUAAAACCACAAUUUAAAGUUUUAGAGAGUGUCCUACAGACUAAAGAUGAGGAAUCUGGGCAGGUAACCAGCAUAAGUCAUAAAUGUGCCGACAUUAAUACUCAAGUUCCUAUUUUAUUUGGGGUUUCUAAUUCAAUAAUUGAAAAUGUACUUUUUUGCCACCAAGAAGACUCAAAUUGGCCAUUACAGGACAUGGUUAAAGUAAAAAAAAAAUUUGACGAAUUAUUCGGAUCUACUAGAUAUAGUAAAGCUUUGGAAUACAUUACAAAGCUAAAGAGCGAAUAUAAUAAAAAAAUUAAAGAUAAAGCUUUAUUUAACGAAAACCUAAAACAGAAAAUAGAUUUUUUGGAAGGAAUCAUUAAUAAGAAAAAUCAAUGUUUACUUAGAAAAACCGAGAUAAAUAAGGAAAUGCAGAUUUUAAAUUCCAGGUUAGAUUCACAUAUAGAAAUCAAACAAGAAAUGAUGGUAAAUGUAGAUAAGUUAGAUAAGCUUCGAACUGAACUAGCUUCUGAAUGGAUGCUAGCCGACUCACACAUUAAGGAAAUUGGCAAGAUGGAAAAUGAUCUACUAAACUCAAAUUAUAGUAAAUUAAAGGAUGAGUUUGAAAUUGAUUCAAUCUUAAAUCUUGAAAAAAAAGAAAUUCAAUCUCUGAAUUCUAAAAUUAAAAAUCUACAAGAUGAAAAAAAUCACAUUAGAAACGAGUUAGAGAAAUUCGGAACAAACAAUUCAAUUGAUGAAUUCAAUCAAAGAAAAAGAGAAUUGAUUAGAAAAGUUACUGAAAUAAAAAAAAUAACAACAAUGAAAGAAAUAUUGUUAUUUUUAGAAAACUCUUUGACUAUUCUAAAUGGGCAACUAAUUAAUUAUAAAGAGUUAAAUUGGGAAUCAAUUUAUGAAACUAUUUCGAAAAUGGAGUUAAACAAAUCCGAUAUGAUUUCUUUAAUAACUAAUUUGAAAGAAGAUUUAAACUUUAAAAUUGAAGAAAAGAAAAAAAUGCAGGAGUCUAUUAACAAUAAAAAGAAUGAACAGAUUAAAGUACAAAGAGAUUUGGAUAUAAUAAGCCAGCAAAUUAAAGAAAAAACACAUUUAGAUAAUGAGUUGCAUAGUUUAAAAUUAAAAAUACAGAAGAAUAAGGAUAAUUUUAAUAUUAAUGAAAAACCAAUUAGUACAGAUUAUUUGAAUAAUAUAUACAAUUGUACAUACAAUUUGGGGGUAAUUAAUGGAGAAAUAAGUAUUUUAGAGCGUAUUAAGAGUUUUGAUACAUUUAAUAAUCAAUUUUUUGAAUAUGAUGAAAAUACCAACAGUUUUAAUGAAAUGAUUGAACAAAGAAAAAUUGAAUAUCAAUCCAAAAAAAACGAAACUUCCAACUACUGGAAGGAGUUUGAAUUUAUGAUAAGUAAUUGUGAAAUUAAGAGUGAUAUUUCCAUGUUAGAGUUCAAUUACAAGUUUCUACUGGAAAAACUUGAAAAAUUUCCAAUAGAUAUUGAAGAUCAACAAUUGCAAUUAAAAAGUUCGCUUACUCAAAUCGAGAUAGAGUUGAUGAUUAUUGACGAAAAUAUUCAACGUCUUGAAUUAGAAUCUCAAGAAAUAACAAACAAAAUCCAAAUCUCUGAAUUGGAAAUUAAAAAUUUGGAGAAUGAAUUAUGCAAAAAAAAAGAAUGUUUGAACAACUUUAUUAAAGAGAUAGAACAAGAUUUUGAAUUUUUAUUUGCAAAUAGGCAAAACUUUGAAGUACCUAACAAAGACAUUUCAAAUAAAAAUCUUAUUCAAUCUCUUUUUGCAAUACAGGAAGAAGAAGCAAAUAUAAAUAAUAAGAUAAUUAAAUCAAAUCAAAUUAUUGAGGAAUUAAAUAUUGUGGCGAAAUUGAACAAGGAAAAGAAACAACAUGAUUCAUCUAAGAAAAAUGCAAACGCAAUUAUUAAUCAAAUAUAUUCUCUACUAGGUAUAUGUAAAUCAGAUUACUUGACAGAAAAUGAUUUUGAUCACUAUAAAGAAUUUAUUCAAGAGUCAUAUUUAAAGAAAAAGAAUGAGUUAGACACUCUUCAAAUUGAAAUAGAAAAGAUACAAUGCGAAUUAUCAAAGUUGAAAGGUGAAUAUAAAGCCAAUGAUGAAUGGCUAAAUAAAUUCAUUUCCGACUCAAAAGGUUAUACUUCUCUUGAAGAAUUGUCGGAGAAGUACUUAAGCGGAGUCUUUGAACAGCAAACAAUGAGUUUGUGUGUUAAAGAUAUGGAAAAGUACCACAAGUCCCUUCAGAAGGCAUUAAUGAAAUUUCAUAUAGAUAAAAUGACAGAAAUAAACAGAACUAUAAAGGAAUUAUGGAAUAUUACAUAUAAAGGCCAUGAUAUCGACUAUAUAGCAAUAAGAAGUGAUGUAGAAGAGAAUGAAGAAAAUUUUGUAGCAGAUAGUAACCAAAAAUCAUCGAGAACUCCUGGUACUAAGUCAUUUAAUUACAGGGUAGUAAUGAUACAAAAUGGUAUAGAACUCGACAUGAAGGGCAGGUGUUCUGCAGGUCAAAGAGUGCUUGCCUGUAUUAUAAUUAGGCUUGCACUUGCUGAAUCAUUUUGUGCUAAUUGCGGAAUUUUAGCACUCGACGAGCCUACGACUAAUUUAGAUAGGUUUAAUAUCAAAGGUCUAGCAGAAGCAUUAUCAUAUUUGAUCAAAUUCAGAAAACAACAAAAAAAUUUUCAAUUAAUAAUUAUUACUCAUGAUGAAAAUUUUGUAAGAGUUAUGGCACAAGAACAACAAUGUGACCACUUUUUCCAUGUUUCAAAAGACGAAAAAGGAUAUUCAACGAUUAGACAAGUAGACUUUCAUUGA